AUGGAUUUAUACCAUUACUUAUUCAAAUUCAUUAUAGUUGGAGAUACUUGUGUUGGAAAGUCUUGUAUACUUCUUAGAUACACAGAGAAAUUAUUUAGAGAUGAACAUGAUACAACAAUAGGAGUGGAAUUUGGAUCAUAAGUAUUAAAAAAGAAUGAUAAAACAAUUAAAAUACAAAUCUGGGAUACUGCUGGUUAAGAAUCCUUUAAAUCAAUAACAAGAUCAUAUUAUAAAGGGUUGAUAUUAUUAUCUAUAUUUUAGUUCUAUUGGAAUACUUUUAGUCUAUGAUAUUACCAAUCAAUAGUCUUUUCAUAAUGUUUAAAAAUGGUAUAAUGAUGUAAAUGAUCAAGCAGCAUCUAAUUGUACUAUUGUAUUAGUUGGCAAUAAAACAGAUCUUGAAUCAUAGUAAUCCAAUACUUUAAUUUUAGACGUAAAAUUACAACCAUUGAAGCCAGAGCUUUGGCUGAUUAAUAUAAAAUGCAAUAUAUUGAAACAUCUGCUAAAACCAAUUAAAAUAUUGACUUUCUAUUUGAAACAACAGCAUAAUUAAUCUUAGAUAAAAUUGAUAAAAAAUUAAUAGAUUUUGCUAAUGAAGUAUUUCAAUUAAAAUAUAUUUAAUAGGAUAGUGGAAUUAAGUUGGGAACUUUACAUAAAUAAGGCAAAGAAGGGAAUAAGGACAAAGAUAAUGAUUGUAAAUGUUGA